GAACGGGGUGGUCGCGGCAGUAACGAGCGAAUUCAUUCGAACAUCAACCAGUCAUUCUCGCAGCAGUGUCGGCCGGCGAUCAUGCUGGUUCCCGCUGACAUGUUAACCGCGCAAUCGAAACUGUUGUAUCAGCUAAAUAAGUUUUAUGGUGAAAGGGUUCAGACUCGUAAAGGGACUGUCGCAAAAACUGUUCGGGAAGUUUGUAAAGUUGUUCAAGACGUUCUGAAAGAGGUCGAAGUUCAAGAACCUCGUUUCAUAUCCUCCCUCAAUGACUGCAAUGGACAUUUUGAGGGAUUCGAGGUCAUUUCUCCGUCAGAGUUCGAAGUGGUGCUUUAUCUAAAUCAAAUGGGAGUUUUCAACUUUGUAGAUGAUGGGUCUCUACCUGGCUGCGCAGUUUUAAAGCUCAGUGAUGGAAGAAAGCGUUCCAUGUCUUUAUGGGUCGAAUUUAUAACUGCUUCGGGAUAUUUAUCAGCAAGAAAAAUUCGAUCUCGUUUCCAAACCCUUGUUGCUCAGGCCUGCGACAAAUGUAGUUAUCGAGACAUUGUCAAGAUGGUAGCAGACACAACGGAAGUCAAACUCAGAAUCAGAGAAAGGUUUGUGGUUCAGAUCACUCCAGCAUUUAGAUGUAGCGGUCUGUGGCCUCGCUCAGCUGCCCAUUGGCCUAUUCCACACAUCCCCUGGCCAAAUCCGAAUCUCGUAGCAGAAGUCAAAGCCGAGGGUUUCGAUUUACUCUCAAAGGAAAGCGUUACGCUUCAAGGAAAAAAUUCUUCAAUGGAAGGAGACGCUUGGGUUCUCAACUUCUGUGAGGCAGAAAAUAGACUUCUCCAAGGAGGUUGCCGAAAAAAGUGCUUAAGCAUUCUUAAGACGUUGAAAGACAGGCAUCUCGAGCUUCCCGGCAACCCAGUGACAGGCUACCACCUAAAAACUCUGCUUCUCUAUGAAUGCGAAAAGCACCCGCGCGAGUUGGAAUGGGAUGAGACAUGUCUUGGUGACAGGAUCAACGGCAUACUACUACAGCUCAUCUCCUGUUUGCAAUGUCGUCGGUGUCCGCAUUACUUUCUUCCGCAGUUAGACCUGUUUAAAGGGAAGUCCGCCAGCUCUCUGGAGAACGCUGCAAAGCAGACCUGGCGACUCACAAGAGAGCUUCUAACAAAUCCUAGAUCAUUGGAAAAACUUUGACAAUGUGUGAAGAACAUUUUAUCGGGAUUCGAUGAAGCACAAAUCUUGUCAUAUAAAUUCUCUUGCGAGUAAUACUAGAUCAUCAAAUGAUGAAAUAUCAUGAAUGUUAUUUUCCACAGUGACGCAAACCCCGUGAAGAUCUCCGUGUAGGAAGUUAUCGUCAUAGAGCCUCCUUUUAUCUUGCUCCUCAUUUCCAAUGCUGUAAGUUCUAUAACGGUAGGAUAGAAAUAUUUCAAAAGAUUUUAACUAGUUUUCAUUAGCAUUCAAUCAUUUUGUAAACAAUUGAUAUCAACCAAAUGUUCCUGAAGAUGUUGUGUAUGAUAAUAACGAUUAAUAAUUUUUAUGAAAA